GUGGCAGGCGCCGCUCCGCAGCGGGGAAAGUGACCGCGGACGCCUCCCACCCCUCCCCAGAUAUUUAUAAGGGGUUCCGAGAGUGGAGGUAUCAGCACACCUGAGGAGGCAGGCGGGUUGGACACGCUCAGGUUCACCCCACUGCAGUGAUGAGAGGAUUCGUUCCCUUUCUCCAUCUGACACUUUCUGUCUGUCUCUGCCGUCCACUUGCUGCACAAAUGAAGACGCUGCAUUUUGGGAGCUGCUCAUUAAAUGCAAACCUUCAGGAAAUAAGAGACUACUUCUCAGAAAUCAAGCACAUCAUACAGGGAGAAGACACCAUCACUGACAUCCGGCUGCUCACAGAGUCGCGAUUCCUUGGAAUCCAGGCUCAAGAGAGCUGCUGUUUCCUGCACCGGAUACUGAGAUUUUAUGUGGAGACGGUCUUCAAGCACCACACCCCAUCCAGCCCUCUCAUUGAGAGAAGGGCCAGUAGUCUGGCCAAUUCCUUCCUCAGUAUCAAGAGGGACCUGCGACGAUGUAAAGCACAGCUGAAGUGUCACUGUGGAGAAGUAUCCAGAGCUAAGAUGGAGGAGAUUCAGAGCACCUUUGAAACACUGGACCUGAAUGCAGCUGCUGUGAAAGCCAUUGGGGAAGUGGAUCUUCUCAUCCAUUGGAUGGCCCAGUUUCAACGGAUCUAGAACUCCUUCCACAGCAGCCUGAACAUGAUGAUAGAGGCUGCAAAGGAUCCAACAAAGAACAAUCAGAUAAUAUUUAAUAAUUGUAUUAUCAUAUUAAGUUAAUGAAUCUGAAUUCCUCAGACUCUUGAGCAGACAAUGAGGUUUAGGGUGUUUGUAGUCUGCUGAUGUGUGCUGGUACAUAGUGAACAGCAAGCACCUUGUCCAAGCAGUGUCUAGUUGGAUUCUUGAGGGUUGAUUUAUAAAGCUGGAGUUUGUUUUUAAUUAUUAAAUUUAUAUUUUUCAUGA